GUGCCUGAAAUAAUUGGCUCUAUUAGACAAGCUGGAAAGUUGGCCCGUCAAGAGGAAAUCCAUUCUCAUUUGUGCGAUGGAGAUGACGCUUUCUCAAAAAAGUUUGAAGUCCUCUUCUGUGGCCGGGUGCUUGUAGCCCACAAAAAAGCCCCACCAGCCCUGAUAGAUGAAUGUAUUGAUAAAUUCAACCAUGUCAGCUGUACCAAAAAGAAAGAUAGUGAUUCUUCAUCUCCAGUGAUGCUGCCGGCGGAUGUUAGCACUGGAAUAUCCUUUGGUGACAAACUACGGUCUGUUUUUCAAUCAACUUUUAAUGACGAAGAAAAACAGAAACCUAUUCGUAAAUCUUACUCCCAGCCUGGCCUGAGGACUAACAACUCCUUUCAGAGGGACUGGAAAGAUGGCCACUGCAGCCUUCCUGGAUCCUUUGAGGAUGGCGACAGUAGUUUGGAUUUACAAAACUUGAGUGAAGAAAAGAACUGUGUCCAACCAACAGACAUGGAAGAAAACCAGACUAUGCUGUUCACAAUUGGUCAGUCGGAGGUUUACUUGAUCAGC